AUGGAGGAAGGUGGAGGUAUGGACGGCCAUUCAUCUCCUAUGGAAGCAGCUUCGCCUACGGUGGCGGCGGCAGGCGCUGCUUCUCUGGACCUGUCUCUAACACUGGCCCCUGUGUCACCACCACCACCACCACCUUCCUCUUGUUGGGCUGCAGCAGAUGUUGUUCUUCCUUCUUCUACAGGCGCCGGUGGCAAUUACCAUGGCCAUGGUGGUGGGAGGCUCUUCUCGUGCCUCUUCUGCGGUAAGACCUUCCUCAAGUCGCAGGCGUUGGGGGGCCACCAGAACGCGCACAAGAAGGAGAGGGCCGCCGGCAGCUGGAACGCCCACCUCUACCUUCCCGCGGCAGGGGCAGCCAACCAGCCGGCCGCCGCGACGUCCAUGCUGCCGCCGACCUCGCAGCCCGCACGUACGCCUACUAGCAGGCUUGUCGACGACCACGAGCAGCAUCAGCAGCACCUUGAUCUUAGCCUCAAGCUCUAGCAAGCUAGCUAGGGUUCUGUAGUGUCAAGUCAACGCACAUAUACGUACGUUUUUUUCCUCCUUAGAUCAUCUAGCUUGAGCGUGCGUGUGUGCACUCAAGUAUCUGUGGAGGCAACUUCUGUUGAUCAUUGUUAAUUUACGUGCACUACU